AUGCGCGGCCAAUGGCUGCUAUCACUGGUGUUGAGCGCCGGUGCAGCUCAGGCUCUUCGCUAUGAUGAGAGAUAUGUCGACUGGAACCUGAAUAUGAACCAGGAAGCGGUCAACCCAUUGGAGUACUUCACCAUCUACGAGAAUCAUACAUACCAUCCUUCUCCGGAUAAUUGGCGGUUCCCUUUCUACAGCUUCUUCAUGGACCGCUUCGUGAAUGGAGAUCCAAGCAAUGAUAACAUUCCUCUGGUAUGCUCGCGACCAAUCUACGAUUCAUACUCGAUCAUCUCUGACAAAGAUAUANNGGACCACACUUACUUGGACGCACACUUCGGUACUGUCGCUCAGUGGAGAGAAUUGAUCAACGACAUCCAUUCACGCGGCAUGUACGUCCUCCUUGACAACACCAUGGCAACCAUGAGCGACGUCAUCGCUUUCGAGGGAUACUUCAACAGCAGUGCACCUUGGUCGUACAAAGAACACAAGGCUGUAUAUAAGUCGGCAGAACGCUAUUCAGAUUGGGAAUUCAACAACGAAUGGCAUGAUGAGUGCCCAUACGAGUAUCCUCGAUUCUGGGACCAAGGUGGCGCCCUCAUCCAGGACAGUAACACCACAAAGAUGGUCGGCUGCAUGGACAGUGAGUUCGACCAAUACGGCGAUGUUGGUGCCUUUGGACAGUACGAAGAGUGGAAAAAACAGCUCAGCAAGUUUAACGGCGUCCAAGAUCGUCUUCGUGAUUGGCGGCCCUCGGUUCAGACCAAGCUUCAACACUUCAUGUGUAUGAUGUUAGAAGCUCUCGACUUCGAUGGUUUCCGUAUCGACAAAGCCAUGCAGGUUACUGUUGACGGACAAGGCAAUUUUUCACACGCGAUGAGAGAGUGUGCAUCGAGUCUGGGAAAGUACAACUUCUUCAUCCCAGGCGAGAUCGUCAACGGCAACGGCAAGUCGAAUUGA